CAGGGUCGCCAUAGCGGGUGUGAUGCAAUCACGCCAGCCGCGUCAAACGGCGGCUCCAGGGAUGCGGGGACUGCAGUAGCGCUGGUCCCUGCCGCCGCCCACCUCGCCCCCGCCGCCCACCCAGGCUAACCCGGCCGGCGACCGCUGCCGCCAACCUUCGUCCUGGUCCAGGACCACCGCCCGGAGCCCCCGACGACCCCUGAGAACCGCCGCCAGCUACCUGCGACCCCUGAGAACCGCCGCCAGCUACCUGCGACCCCUGACAGCCACCGCCAGCCCCCGGCGCCCAGGGCGCGCCAUGAAGUCGGCGGCGAGCUCGCGCGGGGGCGGGUCGGGCGGCCGCGGAGGCGGCGGCGGGGGCGGCGGCUGGGGCGGAGGGCGAGGCGGAGGGGGUCGGGGAGGAGGGGCCGAUGGCGGCGGCCCGGGGGGCAGGGGCGGCUUCGGGGCGCGGGCGCGCGGCUUCGGCGGCGGCCGGGGCCGGGGGCGCGGCGGCGGGGACGGCAGGGACCGCGGCGGCGGCGGGCAGCGGCGCGGAGGCGUGGCCAAGAGCAAGAGCCGCCGCAGGAAGGGCGCCAGCGCGGUGUCGGUGGAACCGCACCGGCACGAGGGCGUCUUCAUCUACCGCGGGGCGGAGGACGCGCUGGUCACGCUGAACAUGGUGCCCGGCCACUCGGUGUACGGCGAGCGGCGGGUCACGGUGACCGAGGGCGGCGUGAAGCAGGAGUACCGCACGUGGAACCCCUUCCGCUCCAAGCUGGCCGCGGCCAUCCUGGGCGGGGUCGACCAGAUCCACAUCAAGCCCAAGUCCAAAGUGCUGUACCUGGGCGCCGCCUCGGGGACCACUGUCUCCCACGUCUCCGACAUCAUCGGCCCCGACGGCCUGGUCUACGCGGUCGAGUUCUCCCACCGCGCCGGCCGCGAUCUGGUCAACGUGGCCAAGAAGCGAACCAACAUCAUCCCGGUCCUCGAAGAUGCCCGGCACCCGCUCAAGUACCGCAUGCUCAUUGGGAUGGUGGACGUGAUCUUCGCGGACGUGGCCCAGCCGGACCAGUCGCGCAUCGUGGCUCUGAACGCCCACACCUUCCUGCGCAACGGAGGCCACUUCCUCAUCUCCAUCAAGGCCAACUGCAUCGACUCGACUGCCUCUGCCGAGGCGGUGUUUGCUUCUGAGGUGAGGAAGUUGCAGCAGGAGAACUUAAAGCCCCAAGAGCAGCUGACCCUGGAGCCUUAUGAGAGGGACCAUGCUGUGGUCGUCGGGGUCUACCGGCCGCUUCCCAAGAGCGCCAGCAAGUAGCACUCGGCUCGGGCUGUCCCUGAGAUCUCCCCAAGACUGUGUUGUGUUCAGUGUUACUAUGUUUGUGUUUUCUUUGUGUGUUGUUUUCCUUUGUUUCUUUUUUUUCUAUUAAAUGGCAUAACGGAACAGUA